AUGUCCCAAAGGGCUGCGCUUCCCGGCCUGUGCCGGUUUGUGCUGAGCGCCGAUGUCAGUGCCCUGGUGCGCUGUCGGGCGGAGCGACUCCUGCCCCGGUGCCUGGCCGAGGAGCUCAUUGGCGAUGAGCCGCUCGACAUCGAGGUGGAUCUGGUACUCGAUGGGAAGGUCUUCUGCACACUGAGCUCGUCCAAAGCUAUCUUCGAUGCAGCGCCCGAGCAGGGAGACUUCAGAUCUCAGCAGUUCAUUUUUGCGAUGAAGGGACAGCCACUUCUCCUUCCGAUUGAGACCCUCGAGUGCGGCACUGCAGUCAUCGAGUAA